AUGACCACAGGGGGGCGCCACUGUGACACUGAUUCAGCUAACACUGAAUCUACAAAUAUAAGAUGCAAUGCCUCGUCUUUUGUUAAACAUAGUUUUUGAGCGUUUAUUGCUGAAGAACAGCUCCAGUCCGCAGCAGAACGAACUCUAAACAUUUCACACACAUCCACGAGCUUUGAGAGCCACGAUUCGAUUUAGAGAAUCGGUUCGUUCGGACGGGCUGUUUAAAUGAACCGGUACACGGACUCGUUUGACGAAGAGUUGCAAUAAGUAAUUCAACGUGUCAUAUUGCAGAACAGUUUUUAGCCAAACAACACUUUGUUUUCGAUUACGCUAUUGUCUUCCAGUGUCCAGCGGUUUAUCCAGUGUUACUCGCCGCACACACUGUCGAGUCAUUCACAAAUGCUGCGCGAAUCGGUUCGACCGAAUCACUGAACAAACGGUGCAGAGGAUGAUUCGUUUGAGAAUCGGACACCGAUACUGUGUACUGCAUUCAUAUUAGGAGUAAUAUGGUAGUGUACCGGUCUGAACACAGCUGUGUAACCGUGUGUGUGUGUGUGUGAUGAGACUGAACUCAUCUGUCUUCGAGCGGACUCGACUCACUCUCCUGAAGCAGCGCAGCAGAGCAGCUCGGUUCUUCUGCAGAUGAAGAGCAACAGAGAUGAGAGGAUGGAAGUUAUCUGUGGAUCUCCAAACUAACAGCUCGAGCACAUCAUACAUGACCACCUGACUUCUGACGGACUCUUCCUCGAUGUUCACUGUUCCUCCUCGGCUCUGCUCGUAUUAAAGCACAUCUUCAUGAAGUACAUCUGAUUUAAACUUGUGGAAAUAGCUCAGACAUCAUCUCCCGUUCAUCUGAAGGCGCUCAGCAUCACCCGCUGCACACACCUGGAAGAUGAAGCUGGCUGGAUUCAUGCUCCUCCUCAUCAAUUCAGCGGCCUCCAUCAAUCUCAAAUACAUCUCCAAGAGGAACUCAGUGGAUGGCUGUAUUGACUGGUCGGUGGAUCUGAAGACGUACCGUGUGUUGGCCGGAGAGCCGCUGAGGGUGAAGUGUGCUCUCUUCUACAGCUACAUACGCACCAACUACAGCGUGGCCCAGAAUGCCAAGCUGCGGCUCAUCUGGUACAGGAACAAGGGCGACUCCGAGGAGCCCAUCAUUUUCUCGGGUCACCGGCUGAGUAAGGAGGGAGACUCCAUCUGGUUCCGCUCCGCAGAGAUGGAGGACAAUGGAUUUUACACUUGUGUGCUCAGAAACUCCACGUACUGUAUGAAGGUGUCCAUGUCUCUGACGGUGGAGGAGAGCGAGGAGGGACUGUGCUUCAGCAGCCGGAUACGCUAUCAGGAGAACGCCGAGGUCACCAAGAGCAAGAUGAUCAGCUGCCCGGACAUCGAGGACUAUCUGGCGCCCUACAAGCAGCCCAUCAUGACCUGGUACAAGGAGUGUGAGAGGAAAGAGUGGAGGAGCUCCAUCAUCAUCAACACCACCAGCCUCUGGAUCCCGGAGGUGCAGAAGGACGACGGAGGGAACUACACCUGUGAACUCAAAUACGGCAGCAGAGUAGUGAGACGGACCACAGAGCUCAAAGUCACAGCUCUUCUUACGACCAGACCACCGAAAGUGCUGUUCCCAUCAGAGAGACAGGCCAGUGUCAUAGACGUCCAGCUCGGAAUGCGUCUGGUCCUGGACUGCCGGGCUUUCUUCGGCUACAGCGGAGAAUCGCGGCCCAUCAUCUACUGGAUGAAGGGAGAUAAGUUCGUGGAGGAGCUGGAAGGACAUAUACGAGAGAGUGAAGUCAGGGUGAUGCGGGAGUUUCUGGGGGAGAAGGAGGUGGAGGUGUCGCUGAUCUUUGACGCUGUGGAGGAGACAGACCUGGGAAACUACACCUGUACCGUGGAGAACCACAUCGGCCGAGGCAGCGGGAGCGCCAUCCUGCAGAAGAAAGACGUGUACAGGCUGGAGUUGGUUGGUGGACUGGGUGCCAUCAUGCUGAUAUUGGGGAUCUUCACAGCCAUCUAUAAGUGCUAUAAUGUGGAGAUCAUGCUGUGCUACCGACGACACUUCGGCAGCGAUGAGGCCAAUGAUGACAACAAGGAAUAUGACGCCUACCUGUCCUACACCAAAGUGGACCUGGAGUCGGUGGAGCAUGAGAUGAGCGAGGAGGAGCUGUUCGCUCUGGAGAUCUUACCAGACGUUCUGGAGAAACACUAUGGAUAUAAACUCUUCAUCCCGCACCGGGACCUUAUUCCCAGCAGCACGUACAUCGAGGACCUGGUGCGCAGUGUGGAGCAGAGCAGGCGUCUCAUCAUCGUCCUGACCCCUGAGUUCGUGGCCCGCCGGGGCUGGAGCAUCUUCCAGUUCGAGCCGCGGCUGCACAGCAUGCUGGUGACGGGCGAGAUCAAGGUGAUCAUGAUCGAAUGCUCGGACCUGCGCAGCGUCAUCAACUACCAGGAGCUGGAGGACCUGAAGCACACCAUCCGAGUGCUGUCGCUCAUCAAGUGGUGCGGGCCCAAGAGCAGCCAGCUCAAGUCCAGGUUCUGGAAGCAGGUGCACUACGAGAUGCCUGCCAAGAGAAAAGAGAGCGUGUCCCGCCGACAAGUCCUGGACUCGGGCGAGCAGGGGCUGUUCGGUGACCUGCAGGCCGUAUCGACGGUGGCUAUGACCACCACCUCGGCGUCGCUAGCGCCGGCUCACGUGGAGAUCCCGGACUACAACGAGCCGGGACACCUGCAGAUGCGCCACUUCUGCCGCAGCUAUGAGUACGAGCUGCCCAGCUCUGCCAUCGCCACGCUCAGCGGACGGCACGUGUACUGCAAUCUGCCCAUGACUCUGCUGAACGGACGGCCGGCGCACAACGACAUUGGCAAACCCAAGAAAGACAUUCACUUGAGCAGCCCAUUCGUGCCGCUGUCCGGACCAGAGCUUUCCAGUGACAUCUGGUAGAGCGGCUCGGCCAAACAUCGCUUCGCUGAUCUCAUCCUUCCUUCCUUUUUAUCUGCAUGAGUUCAUCUUGUUAAGAUUGAAAUACACAUAGGGCCAGUUUUACUAACAGCGCAAACUGUCUUUUGUUUUUAAAACAGUACUGUCAGGAUUUACUAAAGAUGCACAGUGAUGAAUUAACGCUGAAAAAGUGUGGACAGUUAUUUGUGCGCCUGACCUUACUAAGUAUGCAUUUGUAGGAGUUUCCCUUUUAGAUGCUAAAUUUAUGGGAGGAGAGUAUUCAAAUGAAUCACGUAAUGAGAUUUACUAACGUUUGCGCUCGUCAAAUUACUGGUGUUUGCGCCAUUAUUUGAUGCCCCCCAAAAAAGCAUGUCUUACUAUUUUGCUCUUGAAAUGGCUGCAGUUGAUGUUGCGGAGAACAGAGAGUGUGUGGUAGAAGAGAGAGGAUUUUUCCAUGUGUAAUAAUUUAUUUAGAAUGUCAGAAGAACACAUUAUCUGAAAAUAUCGUUUGCCAAGCCAUGCUAUUUUUAAUUUGCUUCAGGAGAUAAAACCCUCAACUAGGAACCACGCUAUACGAGGUCUGAAAAACAAUUGAACCAUCACAGAAAAUGCUAAUGGAUUCCAUUACAAAUACCAUUACAAACGUUACAAACCAUCAACUUUUAACCAUUAAAACCAUUAAAAAAUGGUUUUCUGUAGUCUGUUUUGGGACAUAUUUCAUUAGGAUUUUGUUGUUUAAACAAGCCACCAAUAGAAGCUGAUCAAUUACCAGUAGAGAUCCACAGGACCAUUACAGUUUCCAUUAAAGGAGUCAUAUGAUGUUGCUAAAAAGAACAUUAUUUUGUGUAUUUGUGUAAUAAAAUGUGUUUAUGAGGUUUAAGGUUCAAAAAACACAGUAUUUCCCACAUACUGUACAUUAUAGUUGCUCCUCUAUGCCCCGCCUUCUGAAACACGUCCAUUAAUCAAUCUGAAAAGUGAGGUGUGCUCUGAUUGGCCAGCUAUCCAGUACAUUGUGAUUGGCCGAAUACCUCAAGCGUGUGGUGGAACUGUUACACGCCUUAACAAUUUGUGAUCCCGUCUGCCCGGAGAUAUGAGACAUAAACAUAGAAACCCAUUCUGAACAUGAUAUUAACGAGGAUGAUUUAUAGUCGUGUCCUCUUUUGGAAGGCCAAACAAAGUAGUUCCACUUUCACAGAGAAACACACAGGGUCUAUAGGACAUGGUGGCGGUGGCAGCAACAAUACUACAACAAGAAUAAAAGGUACACCUUCUUUCUUUGAGAGAACAUCUGGUCAGCCUUAUGCAGAUCUUCCCACACAGUGAUGUAGACAUUCUGGGCGUGUUUAAACGAGUCGUUUUAGGGGGUGUAGUUUACUCUUAAAUUUGAUAAAGAGUAUCUCUUUGGAUUUUAGACGUUAUUCUUUGCAACUUUACAGAUCUACUUGAGCUUGUAACACUCCAAAGAGAAAGAAAAACAUCAUAUGACCCCUUUAAAAGUCCCGUUAUAACCAUUAAAACCAUUACACAUUUGGUGAUGGUGUUAUUUUUAAACAGGGAAACUUCUUGCAACCCUUCAUUUUUUGGCCUCUUUUUUGGUUCUUUCAAACGUACUGUGGCUUUUUUAUUUGUUUCUUCUUUAUUUGCGACUGCACUUGGUAUAUUGCAUUGUUGGAUGUGUAAAUAAGAUGUUGCGUCUGUGUUCUUCAGUUUGCAUGUUGUUAUUAAAUCAUCAAAUCAUCUGUGCUGUUUGGAAUUGCGCUCUCACACUAAUUUGACCUGUUUAGUAAAACUGGCCCAUAAUGGUUUAUCUUGCUUUCUUCCAGCCUUUAGUGUUUUCAUACUUUGUUCAGACAGAUAAAGAGCUACUGAUAUUGUUAUCUUACUUGAAUUUUGAGGUCAUUCUAAUAUGUACAGUUAUUCCAUCAAGCACUGCAUCUGGUUUAUUUGACAUUAUGACUUCGGUUGUUACAGCACAAUAAUGUAAAGACACAUCAGCUCUGAGCUUUAAAGAAUAUGUUAUUUAUGCAAAUAAUUACUAUUCAAAUCUAAUAAGCACAUUGAUAUUGUUUGUAGCUAGUCGAGGAGGUAUUUACAUAUUUGAUACAGCUUAUCAUUUGCCUUAUAUCCUGAUCGUUUGGCCGUUUUCUUCCUCAGUAUUCUGACGUUUUUCCCUCAUCAUGGAUAGAUACAUCUGGUUUAUAUGGUGUAUCUGCUACUACAGAUGAAGCAUUUCUGUGCUGGUAAUGAUCAAACACUUUUGAUCAGUAUUGAUAUUUAUUAUCAUUUUAUUGAAUUUGUAUGCAAUGCUGCCCUUUAGGAUGAAAGGUCACUAAAAUUGGUGAUUUGAUUUUGUAUAAUCACGACUAGUAUGUGUUUAACUCUUCAGAUACAGUCAAGUGUGGAAGAGUAUGAAUAUGUGAGCUGUUAUUAUAUUCACGAACCAAGCAGCUUGUCUAAUUCACAGGUUUCUGGUUUUAGCAUAUAAAUUAUUUGUAAUAUACCUUGCAGAAAUAACAAUUGUUAUCAGACCAACAAAAUAAAUAAAUAUAUAAGUAUUGGCUGUGAGAGAUGCCUUUAUAAUUUUAUGUUGUAUUAAAACCCAUUUAAUCCCACCGGUCACAUAAAAGCAUUUAUAAAGCUCUAACAACCUUAC